CCGUAAAUUUCCCCCUAAAAACGCUCCCCCACUUUAUCUACAAUUACAAACUAUCCCUUCCCUUCCCUUUCUUCUUCUUCCUCCCUAAUCCUCCCCCAGCUCCAGAAACCAGUUCCUCUCCAGAUCCCAAUUCGCCAUUUUCUCUUGCUCUGUUUCUUCUCCUCAUCCUCCCAAUAAAACCACCAAAGAACGACUUCCCUCUAUGCCUGGAAUGUCGAGAUGGAAGAAGCUCAAGGACACCGGCGCAACUCUCUUCCUCCUCUCCCCUUCCCCGCGCUCAUCCCGCUCUCCGAUCGCCGCCUUCCGCCUUCUUUCCACUUCUUCUCCGGCGUCCCGGUACUUCCGAUUCUCCCCAAUCACCACGCAUUUGAACUUCCUCAACAGGUACCGCCGCCGGGAGUCGCUCCCCGGGGUCCAGGAGCGGUAUAAAUGGGACGGCGGCGAGGGUGGUGGUAAUAAUAAUUCGGUUGAUGGUGGCGAUAACAGUAUCAGGCAGAUUAGGGCCGAGGCUAAUUGUCCUCGUUGUUCCAAGCACAUGGAUCUUCUCUUCUCGAAUAAUCACGGUCGCGGUCUUAAUCAUCAGCAUCACAAUCCCAAUCUCUCCCCUCCUUCCGAUCCUUCUUCUUCUGAUAAUAAUAAUCAGAGCAGCAGCGGCCGCGGCGGCGGCGGAGAUGUGUAUCAGGCUGUCAAUUACUGCCCCAAUUGCAAAACUGCUUUCUACUUCCGCCCUCACAGCAAUGCUCCGCUACAGGGGAGCUUUGUUGAGAUUGGGAGGAUCAGUAAUGGUAAGUUGAGGAAUAAAUACAAUUCCGCCAAACAUUCCAAUAAUAACGGCGAGGGGCAGGACUCUUCGUCUUCCGGGGAUUCGGUUACUGCUUCCAAUAGCAGCAUCAAUAAGAGGUUGAGGGCGUCAUUCUGGCAGACUCUUCGGUCGUAUGCGGCUGACCCACCUGAAAACUGGCCGCCACCGCCUCCAUUGACUCCCUCGCCGCCUCCGGCCAAUGGGCUGGCUGUGCAUACUCCCCCCGGUCCACCAUUUGCACCUGGUGUUAAUGUUGUCAGGGCAGCUGGCCCGGGUGGUGGAGGUUCAAGUGGUGAUGGAGUUGAAGGAGAGAAGAGUGGUAGAUGGGGUGGGGCUAAUCUUGGGAAUGAUUUACCUACUCCGAAAGAGAUCUGCAAGGGUCUUGACAAGUUUGUUAUUGGACAAGACAGGGCCAAAAAGGUGCUCUCCGUUGCUGUGUACAAUCACUACAAGAGGAUUUACCAUGCCUCACAAAAAGGGUCAGGAGCAGAAUCUUUGAGUCCUGAUGCAAUUGAUGAUGACGAUAAUGUAGAGUUAGAAAAGAGCAAUGUUCUCUUGAUGGGUCCGACUGGCUCAGGAAAGACAUUGCUUGCAAAGACACUUGCACGAUUUGUGAAUGUGCCAUUUGUCAUUGCAGAUGCUACAACAUUGACUCAGGCAAUUGAAGGCAAGUCGUCUAUAGGGAGUGCAUCAAAUAGCCAAGCUGGUUAUGUCGGAGAAGAUGUCGAGUCUAUAUUAUAUAAACUUUUAGCGGCAGCUGAGUUCAAUGUGCAAGCUGCUCAGCAAGGGAUUGUCUACAUUGACGAAGUUGAUAAGAUAACUAAGAAGGCCGAGAGCUUAAACAUCAGCAGAGAUGUGUCUGGCGAAGGUGUUCAACAGGCUUUGUUGAAAAUGCUAGAAGGAACAAUAGUUAAUGUUCCUGAGAAGGGAGCACGGAAGCAUCCCAGAGGAGAUAACAUACAGAUAGAUACCAAAAAUAUUCUUUUUAUUUGUGGUGGAGCGUUCAUUGAUCUGGAAAAGACUGUUUCAGAGAGACGGCAAGAUUCAUCAAUUGGAUUUGGGGCCCCUGUCCGAGCUAAUAUGAGAACUGGUGGUGGUGUAACAAAUGCUGCUGUUACUUCGUCCUUGCUUGAAUCUGUUGAGAGUGGCGAUCUUAUUGCCUAUGGUCUAAUACCAGAAUUCAUUGGACGUUUUCCUAUACUAGUUAGUUUGAUAGCUCUAACGGAAGAACAGCUUGUGCGGGUGCUCACAGAACCAAGAAAUGCGCUCGGAAAGCAGUAUAAGAAGUUGUUUGGCAUGAACAAAGUCAAGCUGCACUUCACAGAAAAAGCACUCGGACUAAUCGCCAGAAAAGCAAUGGCUAAGAACACUGGGGCUAGGGGUUUGAGAGCCAUAUUGGAAAGUAUUCUUAUUGAGUCCAUGUAUGAGAUUCCGGACGACGAACCAGGAAGUAAUAAGGUGGUUGCAGUUGUGGUUGAUGAGGAGUCUGUGGGAUCAGACGCCGCAAUUGGUUGUGGAGGAAAGAUACUUCGUGGGGAUGGCGCAUUGGAGCGGUGGCUUGCAGAAUACAAGUUGAAAGAUUCAGUGGAAAGUAGGGAAGCAGUAGAUGCAGAGUUGCAGGACGUGGAGUCAGAGGUUUCAACUAGAGCUAUGAGCAUGUGAAGAAACACUGAAACAAGAUUGAUCACCCUACUAAGUCGGCAGGCAGGCAGGCAUGUAAUUUAUUCAGCACCAGAUUAUUUGUAUUUUGUAUCAAAAUGAAGAAAAGAAAGCAGAGGAAAUUAGGGUUCAUAAUUGAGAAUGUAAUUAUUAUUAUCCCUAACUUGUAAACAUAACAGCAUAAAGAGCAGAGUAGUUCUUCCUGAAGGUGAUUGGGAGCUCUUUCUUUUGAGAAGUAUAAAAAGAGGCAGCACUGUAAGGGCUGGUUUGGUUGGGAAACCAAACUUUGGACAGUGUGGGAUUAAGAUUUUAGGAGCAGGGUAGCAGACAUAAUAAUAAGAUCCACCUUUUUGUUGUACCAUAUAAGCACCUUACUAGUUGCAUUCCAUGAAUGAAGAAUUUUGCAGUUCAAUUGUUUGAUACUCCCA